UUUCUUGUUUACUGUGUUGUUUCAUAUCCAUGUUUGUAAGUAUUUAAAUACACCACAAAGACAGAGACUUCUAAGAUGCCCUCAUAGCCGAGGCCAACAAUUUGGAUAUAUUUUCUGGGUGAGAGGCUGAACUGAAAUGAACAUUGUGGGAAAAGUCAAUUUAAUGAUACCUUGGUGUAUUUUCAUCAUUCACACCCUGCUGUUUUCCUUGCAAGGAGGAUCUUUCUUUGCUUCAUCCAUCUUGACAAGAGCAUCAAAAAACCAAUUUAAUGCAAUUCGACAGAAAAGAACUCCCCUUGCAGCCCAGUUUGAAGAGUCAAAUUCAAGGAAUUAUCUUUACGAAGCUUCUAUUCGAGGAAGGAGCCAAUCAGUAGGUUCUUGCCCUCAUGAAUGCCUAAAUGGGGCUUUCUGUUCAGCGGCCGGUACAUGUGACUGUCAGAUAUUUCAGGCCCUUGGGGAAAGGUGCCAGAUUGUGCCUAACACAGGUAAGGAGAGAGAUGGAAUCUGCAAAACCUGGGGACAACACCAUUUUGAAACAUUCGAUGGCAUCUAUUAUUACUUCCCAGGAAACUGUUCUUACAUUUUGGCAAAGGACUGUGGUGCUCAAGAACCCCAGUACACUGUUUGGGUUCAUAAUAGUCCUAAGUGCCCUGGUUCCGUGUACUACUGCCAUCGGUCAGUUAGCUUGUUCUUUUCAAGCCAAGAAGAAAUUCUCAUUUCUGGUCAUGAAGUAAAGAAAGAUGGAAUCAGGUUGACAUUGCCACAGACAAUUGGGCAUGUCUACAUUGAGAGGCUCGCUGACUACAUUCUGGUGAAAACAAACUUUGGCUUUUCAUUGGCUUGGGAUGGCAUAUCUGGCAUUUACAUCAAGUUGUCUGAGGACCACAGAGGAAAAACCAGUGGUCUGUGUGGGAAUUAUAACAGCAUUCAGUCCGAUGACUUGCAAAUACAGCAUGUAGCUGAAGUUACAGAAGAUGUCGCCAUGUUUGCCAAUAGCUGGUCUGUCCAAACUGCAGAGGAUGUCGUAUGUAUAGCUACUGCAUCAGAUUUUCCAAGCCCAUGCUCUAUAGGAAUACAUCCUUUUGAAGUGAUCUUCUUCAAGUGUCAAAUCCUGCUUCAGUUUCCUUUCCUAAGCUGUCAUGAGUAUAUUGAUCCAUAUUCCUAUAUUGCAAGCUGUAUCAAUGAUCUUUGCAAAGCUAAUGAUGAUCAUACCUAUUGCCGAGCUGCUACAGAGUAUGCGCGAGCUUGUUCGCAUGUUGGUUACCCCAUUCAGGAAUGGAGAGAUGACUUUCCUGCAUGUGUUGAUAAAUGUGAUGAUAGCCUUAUACAUCGGGAUUGUAUCAGCUGUUGUCCACCCACCUGCACUUUUGAAAAAGAGUGCCUCGGAAGCAAUCUUCAUUGUCUUGAUGGAUGUUACUGUCCUGACGGCCUCAUAAUGGACAAUGGAACUUGUGUAGCCUUGGAAAAGUGCCCCUGUAGUUACCGUGGAUUAUCUUAUUCAGUUGGUUCAAUAAUUGAACAAGAAUGUUCUGAAUGUGUUUGUGUUGGUGGAACUUGGAAUUGCACGAAGUUUGAUUGUCCAGUUGAGUGCUCAGUGGUCAGUGAUUCUCAUUUCACAACUUUUGAUGGUCGACAUUAUACUUUUUUUGGUGUCUGCCAGUACAUUCUAGUGAAAGGGACUGGGAAAGAUAAAUUCACAAUCACUCUACAGCAGGCUCCUUGUGAUGAGAACCUUGACUGGGCCUGCUUGCAAUCAAUAGCACUACUUCUUGAGGAUGAUUUUAAUAAACAAGUGAUCCUUAAUAGAGGAGGUGAAAUCCUUACAGGCCCGAGCCAGGGUUUUAAUUUGAAUGGCCAUGUUGAAAUUCGAAAUCUGUCCUCUUUGUUUAUUGUUCUGAAAACUAGAUUUGGUUUAAAGAUUAUAUUUGCUAAAGAUGGGGCAAGACUUUAUAUUCAACUCAGUACGGACUGGAAGAGGAGAACAAUGGGUCUGUGUGGAACUUUCAAUGGGAACAUAAGGGAUGAUUUCAUGUCUCCGGGAGGUAUGAUUGAAGGUACCCCGCAGCUCCAUGGAAACGCAUGGAAAGUUUCCUCAGCUUGUUUUGCACCUGUUAGAGUUCCUCUGUUAGACCCAUGUAACAUCAACCAAGAAAACAUUGGAUAUGCCGCCCACUGCGAUGUUAUCAACCAAGAGCUCUUUGCUCCCUGCCAUGAUGCUGUCAGUCCAGGAUUGUACUAUCAGCUCUGCCGUUUUGAUGCCUGCAAGUGUGGAAGCAGCUGUUUAUGUAACGCCCUGGGUCACUAUGCAUAUGUCUGUAGCAAGCAUGGCCUUUUCAUUGAUUUCCGGUCUCAUGUCUCAUUCUGCGCCGUGGUCUGCCAGAAAGGCAUGUUGUACCAUCCCUGCUCAUCUUUCUGCCAGCACUCCUGUGCCUCUCUUUCCUCCAUGGAGAGCUGUGAUGAUGAUUGUGUUGAAGGCUGUAAUUGUCCAGAAGGCAAAUACUUUGAUGAUGCAAUUAACUUUUGUGUGCCCAUAUUUAGCUGCCAUUGCCUUUACAGAGGCAGUCAAUAUCAACCUGGAGAGCUCGUAGCCACACCAACUGGCUUAUGUCAGUGUUUAAAUGGGACAGUGAAGUGUGCUGAGCCUUCCCCCGCUACCAUUGUUCAUACAUGCCCAGAAGGAAAACGCUACUUUGACUGCAAAUUUCCUGACCCAGAAUUACCAACUGCUGGUGUGAACUGUGAGACCACUUGUGUAAACUUGGCUAUGAACUUCACCUGUACCCCAUCUCCACCUUGUGCAAGUGGCUGUAUCUGUCCACCAGGCAUGGCGGAACACAAAGGAAAAUGCUACAUUCCUGAGAGCUGUCCAUGCCUCUGGAAGGACUGGGAAUACCUUUCAGGAGAAGUGAUUUCUACACCUUGUUAUACGUGUGUUUGUCGGCGAGGAAUGUUCAAUUGUACUUAUUACCCAUGCCCCGCGGUGUGCACAGUUUAUGGGGACCGUCAUUACCAUUCCUUUGAUGGACUGGAAUUUGACUAUGUCAGUGAUUGCCAAGCUUUCCUGGUCAAGAGUGCAGAGGACUCAGCUAUAUCUGUUAUUGCUCAGAACAAAAAGUGCUUUGAUAAUGAUAUUAUUUGUUCAAAAAGUUUACUGAUUUCUGUUGGAGACACUGAGAUUUAUUUGAAUGACUCCCCUUACAAACAGAAACGGUCAGGUUUCCUGGUAAAUAAACCAACAUACCAGCUUUGGAAGGCUGGGUAUUAUGCUGUGGUACAUUUCCCAGAGAAAGACAUCACGAUUCUUUGGGAUAAGAAGACAACCAUACAUAUCAAAGUUGGAUCACAGUGGAAGGGAAAACUUGGAGGUUUGUGUGGAAACUUUGACAAGUGCACUUCAAAUGAUAUGACUACAUCUAAUAACUUGGAAGUGAGAAAUGCUCAGGUAUUUGGAGAAAGCUGGACAAUAGGCCAGUGUGAAAAACCAAAUGAGACUGUCAGGCCCUGUGAGGCAUAUCAAAAUAAGUUUCCUUAUGCCAAGAAAGAAUGCUCAAUUUUAUACAGUGAUAUUUUUGCCCCCUGCCGAAAUGUGAUUGAUGUGACUUCCUUUGUCAAAAACUGCCAUACAGACACCUGCAACUGUAACCUGGGUGGGGACUGCGAGUGUCUCUGUUCAAGCAUAGCUGCUUAUGCUUACAAGUGCUGUCAGGAGGGGGUGUCAGUUCACUGGAGAGGCCCUAUUUGUGCACUUGAUUGUGACUCCUACAACCAAGGGCUCGGAGAAGGACCAUAUAUAUUGGCUAGCUAUGGAAGCAUUGGUACAGUUCUUGGAGCAAAUAUUACCAGUAGAAAAAUCUUCCCUUUAAAAAGAACUAGUCCACAUGAUUUUGUGUUUUUUAGUUUUAUGAUAACUCCAGGACUUUUCAGAGAAAAAAAAUCAUCUUUGUCACUGGUUUCCUUAGAAUCUGCUGAAAGGCCGAACUACUUUCUCUUUGUCCAUGAGGAUGACUCCAUUAGCUUGGAGCGGUGGGAGGCAAACUCUGGCUUUCGCCGAAAUGCCACGUUUUUCCACCACCAGGGCCUCUGGAUUCCUGGUUAUAGUGCAUUUGAACUACACAGCAAGAAAGGGUUUUUCAUUAUCUUCACUGAUUCCUCUGUCAAAGUCUCCAAAUACGAUGAUUCUGAAGAUUUUAAGCUUGCCAGUAGCUUUAUCCUGGAAGAAAUCCCAGCAGCAGUACCUUAUAGAAGGAUGUGUGAGUGGCGAUAUGAACCAUGUGCUACUCCAUGUUUUAAAACUUGCAGUGAUCCAGAUGCACUUGCAUGUAAAUUUCUUCCACCGGUUGAAGGAUGCUUGCCAUACUGUCCUAAGAACAUGAUCCUUGAUGAAGUCACACUUAAAUGUGUUUAUCCUGCAGACUGCAUACCUGUGCCGGUUACAGAAGCUGUAAUCGUCAAGCCGCCCAAGCCAGGGGAAACCGUGCCUCCUGCCACACACGUUCCAUCUGAGUGCCCAGAAGAGGAGGCUCCUACUCCUGCUUCAGAAUGUGUGCCAGAAUAUAUGGAACCUACAUUUACUUGUUACCAAUACAUAUGUAUUAAUAAGGAAUGGGUAUUGUUCAAUCUAUCAAGCAGUUGCCCAAAGGACACAACCAUACCUGACUGUGGCUUUCGAGGAAUGCCUGUUCAAGUGAACAAUGAUACCUGCUGCCCUGAAUGGGAAUGCCCUUGUCGAUGUUCAAUGUUGUCAGAGCUAAGCAUUAUUACAUUUGAUGGAAAUAGUGCGGCGCUGUAUAGUAUGGCUUCCUACAUCUUAGUCCAGAUUCCUGGGGAAAUCAUAAUUGCUCAUAUUGAGAAAUGCCCCAUUAAUCAUAUUGGAAAUUCAAAAAGAAAGCUAGUUUCACCUGCAAAGACAUCAGGCCUUUGUUUCAAGAAAUUAAAUAUAACAUCACUCUCAUAUAACGUACUUAUCAAUCGUUUAACAAGAAAGGUAGAAGUGGAUUCUAUCAUUGAAUCAUUACCUUUCUCAGAGAAUGGCUUGUCUAUUGAGGAUACUGGUGCUAUGUAUGUCAUAAACACUCCAGGAGGAUUUAGAAUUCGAUGGGCACAUAUUACAGGAAUUAUAGAUAUUCACUAUGACUUUUCACCAAUUGCUAAUCACAGCACAGAAGGACUUUGUGGUGUUUGCAAUGAUGACCCAGACGAUGAUCUAAGGAUGCAAAAUGGCACUAUCAUUACAAAUGUGGAUGAUAUUGGAUUGUUUAUUGAAAGCUGGGAAAUUGAUAAAUUAUUUGAUGUUACAACAAGAAGACCUGUGAGAAAUUGUACUGAAGAUGAUUGUAGUCACUGUGUAGAGCUGCUAAAGAAAACAGCUUUCAUUCCGUGCCAUAAAAAAGUUUUGCCAGAGGAGUUUUGUGAGAAGAUGUGGAUCAACCAUACCUAUUUUUGGAAGUAUGAAUGUGAUGUAUUGUCUGCAUAUGUAGCUUUGUGCAACAAAUAUGAUAUCUGCAUUCAAUGGAGAACAUCAGAUUAUUGUUCUUUGAGUUGUCCCGAAGGGAUGGAAUAUCUGCCUUGUGCUCAAUCUUGUGCAGCCAAAACAUGUCAGAACAAAUGGUUCUUUGAAGAGUCAUCUUGCCAACUUUUAAGAGAAGAUUGUGUGUGUGCAAAUGGAACUGUUCUUCACAGGCCAGACUCUAUUAUUUGUAUUCAAGAAGAAAGAUGUGCAUGUACUGACAAUAAGGGCCAGCCCCGCUCUCCUGGAGAGGUUUGGAAUGGGUCAGAGGAAGGGUGCUGCCUUUAUCAGUGUUUGGAAAAUGGAAACGUAACUCCUCUGGAGCCUGACUGUAAUGAAGAGUUUUCGCCAACUUGUGAAAGAGAAGGCGAAGUGGUCAUCACCAUCACAGACAUGCAGUCCUGCUGUCCAAAGAAAGUGUGUGACUGUGACAUGACUUUGUGUGAAACCGAUAUUCCAAUUUGCAAAAGUACUGAAAAAUUAUUUGUAGGUUACAGCCCGCUUCACUGCUGCCCACAAUACCAGUGUGAAUGUGACAUUUUGGCUUGUCCUGAUGCUCCACAAUCAGAGUGCAGGGAAGAUCAAUUUGAGAUUCAAGUUCAGCAGGGAGAACCCUGCUGUUUCUCCCCUUUUUGUGUUUGUGAACCUUGCACUGAGCCUAUUCCACUGUGCAUGGAGGGAGAAUUUCUCACUGUGGAUCUCAAUACCACACAUCACUGUUGCCCUCAGUAUUACUGUGUCUGUGAGGAGAAUCUUUGCUCCCCACCUCUGCUUAACUGCCCAGAGGACAGGCAACUUGUGAAAGGAAAUGUAUCAGGACAAUGCUGUCCAGAGUGGCAUUGUGAAUGCAGCUGUGAAAAGAUUGUUAUGCCAACUUGUAAUGUGGGAGAACUCACUCUAAUAGACCAGUCCUUUCAAAGUGAUUGUGGAUGCCAGAAGUAUCUCUGUGAAAAGGAUAAUGUGUGUGUAUUUCAAGAAGUAAAUGUCUUGAAUCCUGGAGAGUCCAUGAUAAAAUAUUUGGAAGAAGAUUACUGUUAUCCAAUAGAAUGCUUGGAAGAAAAGGAUAACAGUACAGGCUAUCAUGCCAUGAAUAUUUCUGUAGUGAAUUGUUCAAAAGAAUGUGAAAUGCACCAAGUAUAUGUUCCUUCUACCAGCGAUUAUGAUUGUUGUGGUACCUGCAAGAAUGUGUCCUGUAGUUUCAAGGUUGAAAAUGAAACAUUUAUAUAUGAGGAAGGAAGUUCAUGGGUAUUUAACUGCAGUUCAUAUGAGUGUAUAAAGACAGAUACAGGGGCAGUGAUUCUGGGCUACAGUGUUGUCUGCCCUCCUUUUAACAAGACUGAAUGCAAAAAGAAUGAAGGUAUUAUAACAAUAACAAAUGAAGGCUGCUGCAAGAUCUGCAGAAGGGAAGAAAGAAUGUGCCAGAAAGUAACAGUAAAAACAACCAUAAAAAAACAAGAUUGCACAAGUCAAAGUCCUAUAAGUGUUGCUUCUUGUGAUGGGAAAUGCCCAUCUGCUACCAUCUACAAUGUCAAUAUUGAUAGCCAUUUCAGAUUCUGCAAAUGUUGUCGGGAAACUGGAGUGCGGAACGUGAAUGUGCCUCUCUACUGCUCAGGAAAUGGCUCAGAAGUUACAUAUACCAUUCAAGAGCCGGUAGAAUGCUCAUGUCAAUGGAAAUGAACUCUGGAUUAAAAACAAACAAAAAACCCCUCCCUAUCCUCAUAAUGACCAUUAAAGCUAGUUGUUAUUUUCAUAUCACUGGAGAGGUUUACACCUUUUUUUUUUCUACAUUAACAAACUUAUCAAAGCUUGUACUCCACAAUUUUAUUACUGACUGCAAAUGCCCUAAGUUACUAUAGUAAAAUUACUUUUUCCUUUAUUUAGUGUAUAUUUCAGAGUAUUGUGCUGUCCAUUUCAAUAAAACUACUUUCCUAUGUGAUGCUGAAAUAUAAUUAUGUAUACGAUUUUAAAAAGCAGUAACUUCAGAUCAAUUUUGCAUUGACUGGAACAUAAUUUGGGGAAACUCUCCAUUUCACUUAAUUGGAGUUUAAGUCAUCUUAAAUGAAAUUUUAUCUCCCAUUGUAUGAACCUGGGAAGCAAAAGCCAGUGUUACUUAAUAUCCCCAAAUCUCUACUUUUUAUUCCAUUUAAGUACAGUGGGUAAAAAUUAGCUUCUAGAUUGGUAAUUUAAUCAGACUUUACAGACUUACAGAAUCAUAAGAUCAUAUAAUAUUAGCAUUGUAAGGAGCUUUUGAGGUCACUUAGUUAAAUCAUUCUUCUUUUUUUAUUUUUGAAAGCCUAAAUGCCUUUCUUUCUACAGUUAUUUCCCAUUUUCUCUGUAUGUCUCUUAUGUGCAUCUUUUUAUAUACGUGUCUCCCCCAUUAGAAUGUUAGUUCCUUAGGGCAGGGGUUCUUUUUGCUUUUUCUUUUGUUAUCUUUAGCAUUUA